UCAGGUUAUAGAAGGCCGUCGAUCAACGCUUCACCAUACCCGCUACUUUCAUCCUAUUCGCUUGUUUCUCCACUGUGGUAAUCUCAAGGCAGCCCAACUAUCCUGACCAAGGCUGUUCCACUCCCCAGUCAGCCCCAGUAGAUCUUACCGCUUGUUUCAGCAGUGUGCCACCUCCCUUCCCCGCUUCUUUUCCAGUCAACCUGUUGCCAGUGUCAUUUCUCAACCUAGUCUGCACGGCUUGGAAUAACAUAUCAUAGGUUGAAAAGAGCUUGAGGAUGGGCCAAGAAGCAUGUGCUGUUAUGAUAGACUGAUUGGUGAGCUAAUUCUACCGUUUUUGUGUAGGGUUGUGAUCCAAUGACUCGUUUUGGACAACGGCGCUGAGGGAUUCUAAAAAAACAAUAACAACCAACUCGAGCAACAUCCCUUGGAUCUUCUCCUCAUGGAUCGAAUGACCAAUCACGAGUAUGAUCAACAGUAUCGCCAGCAUAUGGACAAAGUCCAGCGCCAAGCCCAGUAUAUCAACGACUUAUUACGUUACUCGUCCCUUCAGGACCAAACUCGUUCUUCCCAACACCGACAACAACAGUAUCACCGUGGCCACGUUAACGUACCUCUAACAAGACACGCUACAUACCAAGAUCAAGAAGACGACGAUAUAUCAGAAAUUAUUGUUCCAGUCAAACCUAAGCCUAAACCUCUUAAACCCAUACUGCGACGUACUGUAUCAUCCACAGUUGCCACAACUCAGCCGCAGCCGACCUCGGCUCGUCGUCGGCCGAUCUCCGCCAACCAGACACGACAACAACCCCACUAUAAAGAAAGAAUACCGACAAAUGAUUUUCGAAAAGUUCGAAUACAGGAAACGCAUGAUGUUGCGUAUUAUCCAUAUAACCAUGCGAGCGAGGAAGAGGACGAAGAAGAAGAGGAAGAAGAAGAGGAGGAACUCUGGUAUGACGAAAGGCAGACGUAUCGCCAACCCAGCAGUCAUCAUCAUCAUACCCAACCCUAUCAAAGCGAGAGCGAAGAAGAUGAAACCGAUUCGUACUCAUCCAAUGAACCACACGUACAACCUAGUCCAACAUGGGGUAGAGCUUCCCCACCGCCUCGACGAGCGAGCCAAGUCAGCAACAACGAUACUGCUAACCGUCGGUAUCCAACUCAGAGGUUAGAGAAUUACCUGAAUGCAUCGGCUGUCAGCCCACCUUCACAUCACAGGCAGCCACCUCAAGAUUAUACGGAAUCAGGGCAAAGCACGCCUACAGCCAAUAACGCAGUAACAUCUAUGUUAGAACAAUUUUUUAUAAAAACGCCAAGCGGUCCUGUGCUUAGCAGUACGGUAUCAUCGCCAAUAAGCUCACAAGGGGAUGCGACGAGUUUCCAGUCAUCGCCACGAACACCUUCUUAUUCUUCAUCGACGACAGCGAGCAACUCAUCUACCAACAAAAGCUUUUUUUCUUCCAUAUUCCGCAAAGGCCCAACCUCCCCUGGUGCACCGAAUAUUAUUGCCGCACGACCGCCACAGCGUCUUAACGCCAAGCGCAGCGAACUUUUGAGCCCACAGGAUAUGGCGGAAAUCCGAGAUUCCACCCGAUACGACGCAGGCGAGGUACGGUCUGGGACACCGGCCAAGGAUCGAAAGGCCAUGAAAGUGGCGUCGUUGCCCCAUGUGUGGUGUUUUCGUAUCUGGUCGCAGCAGCAACCCCAUCACGAACAGGAAACGCCGGUAUGGACGGCGUUUGAUUACAGCAAUCAGAAAAAGCUCUCAAAGGCGUUCAGUGGGGGCAAAGAAUGCCAUUUCCGAGAUAGCCAUUUGCAAGGGGACGUCCUGGUGCUGCCCUCUCACAAUACUGGCCAGGUGUUUGAAGGAAGCAACUCAGUCAUGCUCGAAGUACGGCAAAUAAGCGUUCAGCAAGACACCACCUUCGUAUAUCGUGAAGGGGUGAGAGCAUGAACCGCACAGGAAAACAGGUUCUCAAGCAGACAUUUAGAAAGCCGUCUGCUUGAAGCAAGUGUAUGCAGUAUUAUAAUCUCUACUAUUGUACAAUGUAAAUUUUGACCUUUAAAAACAAUAUAUAUAUAAAUCUUUUUGCAAGAAGCAUGCAAAGCAAACA